AGCAACCAGACUCACAAGCAACACCAAGCUCGACCUCCGGGUUUGGUUUCAGGAAGUCUUUGUUGUAAGGCUCCUUUUCACUAAAAUGGACAAAGUCAUGAGACUAUCGUCAGAAAAAGGAGUGGUUAUAUUCAGCAAGAGCUCGUGUUGUUUGUCCUAUGCGGUUCAAGUCCUCUUCCAAGAUCUUGGGGUUAGCCCUAAGAUCCACGAGAUCGACAAGGACCCUGAAUGCCGGGAGAUGGAGAAGGCACUAAUGAGGCUAGGCUGUUCAAAGCCAGUUCCAGCCGUUUUCAUUGGUGGCAAGCUUGUUGGUUCGACCAACGAAGUAAUGUCCAUGCACCUAAGCAGCUCCUUGGUUCCCCUUGUGAAGCCAUAUAUAUGUUAAAAGACGAAGAGGUAUUUCAAAAAAAGAUCGUUAAGUAGCUAUCAAAGUGUAUUUUCAAUAAAUGAUCACAUAUUUGUAUUCCGUUCUAAUAUUAUAUUGGUUGUGUAACUUGUUCUACUUCAAAAAGU